AUGGCAGAGAAUGGCACUGUGGUGACAGAAUUUGUUCUGAUGGGAUUCCAGCUGCAAGCAGAGCUGCAGAUGGGCCUCUUCUUUGUGUUUCUGAUUUUUUACCUGGUCACCAUUGCGGGUAACCUGGGCAUGAUCCUACUGAUUCAGAGUGACCCUCGCCUCCAGACUCCCAUGUACUUCUUUCUCAGCCACCUCUCCUUCUUGGAUAUUUGCUAUUCCUCUGUAAUUGUCCCUCAGUUACUUAAGACCUUGGGAACCGAUAAGACAGUCAUCACCUAUGAAUGCUGUGCCACCCAGUUCUUCUUUUUCACGCUUUAUGCUAGUACUGAAUGUUUCCUCUUGGCCGUGAUGGCCUAUGACCGCUACGUGGCUGUGUGUAACCCUCUCCUCUAUGCCACCGCCAUGACACCGCAGACCCGCCUGGGGCUGGUGGCUGGGGCGUACGCUGGCGCACUGGUCAACUCUGUGAUCCGCACUGGAUGUACUUUCUCCCUGUCCUUCUGUAAGUCCAACCACGUGGACUUCUUCUUUUGUGACCUGCCACCCUUGCUGAAGCUCGCCUGUAGUGAGACCAAGCCACGAGAGCUGGUGAUCUACCUCUUAGCUUUUGUGGUCAUCACCAUCAGCAUUUCAGUGAUUCUCGUCUCCUACCUCUACAUCAUUACGGCUAUUCUGAGGAUUCGUACAUCAGGCGGGAAAGCUAAGACCUUCUCCACGUGUGCUUCUCAUAUGAUGGCAGUGGCUCUCUUCUUUGGGACUCUCAUUUUCAUGUACCUGAAAGGCAACGUGGGCCAAUCUCUCGAGGAGGACAAGAUUGUGUCUGUGUUUUACACUGCGGUUAUCCCCAUGCUCAAUCCAAUGGUCUACAGCUUCCGAAACAAGGAAGUGAAGGAGGCUCUGAAGAAGGCUGUCAACAGGAGGAAGGUUUCCCAAAUAGCGUAA